UGAAUUAAAAUGUCCAUUAAAUUUUACUACAAUUACUUCCAAUCCUUACCCAACUAAAACAGCUGGGGUGUCUUUAAGUUGUCGUGUAAAUGCAUCGGUGACCGUGACUCCAAAUAGCAAAAAUGAACAUUCACCGCAAUACAUUUAUGUGUUUGGCGGUUUUCAUCAAUAUACUGAUGAGGUUUAUAACGAUUUAUACAGACUUAACAUUGCUGAGAUGAAAUGGGAGGAUGUAAUAUACUUAAAGGGCAAUCGUCCAUCAAAACGAACAAAUCAUUCAGCUUCGUUAUGGAAUAAAGACAAAUUGCUUAUUUUUGGUGGCACCGAUGUUGAAGAUCAAUACUGUGAUGAUGUCCAUAUAUUAGAUUUAAAAACAAUGACAUGGGAAUGUCCAGAAAUACACGAAUUUCGUCCUAAUGGUCGUGCCAAGCAUACUGCCACCAUUUCUAAUGAUAAACUUUAUAUAAUUGGCGGUUAUACAAAAAAUGAGUACGAUACAACAGAAGUUUCAUCCUAUAUAGAUUGUUUGAACCUUCGUACUUGGAGAUGGGAAACACCAAUCAAGUUUGUUCCAAGACAUUCUCAUGUAUCUUUUAUUUUUCGAAACAGGGUUUAUGCUUAUGGGGGUUAUAACGAAGAGAUGGAUAGGGAAAAAUCGUUGGACAUAUUGGAUCUUCAGACAAACAAAGUUUCAAAAAUACAAAUUACGUGUGAUAUAGGACCUGAAAUAAAUGGCCAACACUUUGCACAGUUAUACUGCAAUCAAUUGGUAUUGGUUAUAACACAAUGUGUUAAGCAUGACGCACAAGAAGUUUCAAUAGGUGUUUGGUCAUUAGAUUUGGAUUCAUUACAAUGGCACAAAUUUGAAGACGGUGAACGAUUUGUUCAAGGCAAAUGGCACUAUUUUGCAAUGGCAGAAAAUAAUUCGCACUUUUUUUUGUUUGGAAAGAAAAAUUGCUCAAUAAAUGAGCUUCAAUUUGGACGAAAUUUAUUUAAAUGA